AUGGGUGAUCGCUUCACUCCCGCUCCGGAACCGCCCACCGAGCUGGGUCGGUAUCGAGUCCUCUCUCCCAAUGCUGGCGUCAGAGUCUCGCCCUUAUGUUUAGGUGCUAUGUCCAUUGGCGACGCUUGGAGUGAGUUCAUGGGCAGCAUGAGCAAAGAACAAUCCUUCAAGCUCCUAGAUGCCUUUGUUGAGGCCGGUGGGAACUUCAUCGAUACCGCUAGCAAUUAUCAAGAUGAACAAUCGGAAAAGUGGAUUGGUGAGUGGAUGAAGGCAAGGAAGAACCGAGAUCUGAUGGUCAUUGCCACCAAGUACACCACACCCUACCGAAGCUGGGAGCUCGGCAAAGGCAAGACGGUCAACUACGCCGGCAAUUCCAAGAAAUGUCUGCACCUCUCAGUCAGAGAUUCCCUUGAAAAACUCCAGACCGACUACAUCGACAUACUAUAUGUCCAUUGGUGGGAUUGGACAACUUCCAUUGAAGAAGUGAUGGAUAGCCUGCAUCUCCUUGUUCAAUCCGGCAAAGUCCUCUACCUGGGAAUCUCCGACACGCCAGCAUGGAUCGUCUCGGCGGCAAACACCUACGCUCGCGCUCACGGCAGAACUCCAUUCUGCGUGUAUCAAGGUCAGUGGAACGUGAUGCAACGAGAUUUUGAGCGCGAAAUCAUCCCCAUGGCUCGUCACUUCGGGAUGGCGUUGGCACCGUGGGACGUGCUUGCCGGCGGCAAAUUCCAAAGCAAGAAAGAAAUCGAAGAGCGCAAGAAACGGGGUGAAGGGCUGCGCAGCAUGUUCGGCUCGGGCGAGCAGACGCCUCAACAAGAAAAGAUGUCGGCAGCGCUGGAGAAAGUGGCUCAGGAGCACGGGGUCGAAUCCCUCAGCGCCAUUGCCCUCGCCUACGUUCUGCAAAAGACACCAAACGUGUUCCCUAUCGUUGGUGGCCGGAAAGUCGAGCAUCUACAGGCCAACAUCAAAGCGCUCUCGAUCAGAUUGACAGACGAGCAGAUCCGAUUUCUGGAAAGCCAGUCAGACUUCUCCCCAGAGUUUCCUUCCUCGUUUGUAGGAGAGUCACCGAGGGCGACGGGAAAGAAUACAUGGAUUUUGUCGAUAAGUGCGCAAAUGGCGUGGCCGACGCCAGAGAAACCUGUAGGGAAUUAG